AUGUCAGCAGCUGACAAUGGCCGGAAUAAUCCGGUUCAGCCCCGGACGCUUCUGGAUAUUAUAAAAGACGACAGGUCCAUCAAGGACAAGAAGAGUUGGAAAACGUUCCGGGACAAGCUACGGCUCAAGCGAGCCGGUUCUGCCUGGACCUCCUCGGUCCGUGUCCCUGCUUCCGAUGUUAACGUUCAUACUAGCAGACCCCGGUCCUCGCCACGUGGUCCGCAUUAUUCUACCACGGCUACUGACACAAACCACUCGGAGGAUAGGGGUGAACAUGUCUCGGCUUCUAACCCGAAAGACGGUCCACGCUCGAAAAGCUUGAAGCCACUAACGAUGGUACGACAUCCAUCAGGUCGAAUUUCCACCAAGAAUGACGACGACGAAGACGACGAUAUUGAGGACGAAGGCGAUGAUGAUGACUACGGAUUUUCGGGAGAAGAGGAGGAUGGAUCAGAAUCACCUUUAGAGGCAACGGUGGAGAAGAGGUCAUUAUCCGCUAGGGAAGCGGUGGCGGCACAGGAAGCAGCAGAAGCAGCGGCAGCGGCGGCGGUGGGAGGAGAGGAGCCGGUGAAGAUGUCGUUGAUGGACUUGUUGGGGGAGACGGGGUACGCAAUGGGAGAUGACGAGGAAAACGAGGAUGAAGAGGAAGACAAUGUGUCGGUGUCAUCCAGGGGAGGGAUGGAAUAUACGUGCUGCGUUUGCAUGGUUAGGCAUAAAGGAUCGGCGUUCACUCCAUGUGCGCAUACGUUCUGCCGCCUUUGUUCAAGGGAGCUCAUGGUUCAGCGAGGGAACUGCCCUCUUUGCCAUGGCUACAUCUUGGAGAUUCUUGAUAUAUUUUGA